AUGAUUGAUUUGAAAAGAGGUGAACCAGAUAAAUCGCUCAUUCCUUUCGAUAUUAUUGAAAAAGCAACAAUUGAAUCUUUAAAAGAAAGAAAACCAGAAAUGUAUAUUUAUGGUGGGGAUCACAUUAGAUUUCGUGGACAUGUUUUGGAAUUUAUUAAAAAAAAUUAUUCUUUUCCUAAUGAAACGUCGUUAUCCACAUCAAAUAUAUUCAUAACAAAUGGAAUAUCGUCAUGUUUAGACCAAUUGUGUGUAAUGUACACAAAACCGGAUGAUACAAUCAUUGUUGAAAUGCCAACCUAUUUAUAUGCACUGAAUAUAUUUAAGGAUCAUCAUUUAAACAUUGUAACAUGUGAAACUGAUUCGAAUGGUUUAAUAAUUGACGAAGAUUUCAUAGCACGUACAAAACCAAAAUUGAUUUAUAUUAUUCCUACAUUUCAAAAUCCAUCCGGUUUUUUAAUGGAUAACGAAAGGCGAAAUCAUCUCGUUGAAUUAAGUAUGAAAUAUAAAUUUCUUAUUUUAUCUGACGAAGUGUACCAUUUGUUAAACUAUGGUGAUUCGCAUCCUUAUUCAUUCAUGAUUUAUCACAAUGUUGAGACAGUUAUUACUCUGAAUAGUUUUUCCAAAAUUAUCACGCCCGGCAUUCGUUUAGGCUGGACAGUAGCCUCUGAAUUGAAAAUAAAGGCAAUAUCUUCAUUCGGAUUGAUGCAAAGUUCAGGUGGUGCUAAUCCAUUCUCAUCUGCUAUAGUUGAUAAAAUACUUGUAAAUGAUUGGUUACAAACAUAUAUUCGUGAUACGCUUUGUAUCGAAUAUUCAAAACGUAUGAUAUGUCUUUACAAUGAACUCAACGAAAAAUUCGGUGAAAAUAUUCGAAAAGAUCCUUGUCCAACAGGUGGCUAUUUUUUGUGGCUUAGAUUCAAUGACGAAACAAUUGAUUGCGAGGAAUUAUUAACAUAUAGUCAAAAAAUGGGUUUAAAUUUUCACCAUGGUAAAGUCUUUACGUGUGGUAAUGAAAACAAGAAAAAACUUGCAUGUUGUUUAAGACUAAGCAUUGCAAUAGCCACAUGUGAUGACAUUAAAAUAGCGUGUGAGAGACUAAAGUAUGCCUAUGAAGAAUAUAUUAACGAACGAAAAUAA